AAAUUAUGGAUUACCUUCUCCAGGCGCAGAAUGGCGACGACGGCUGCUGCCGACAUACGAAAUAUGGCUCUUGUCGCUCACAUUGGUACGAGUAUUCCGGAAAAACCACCCUUACCGAGUCCAUUUUGCUUGCAGUCCGAGUACUUGUCAUCAUCGGGGUCUGUAGACACUGGAAGCACCACAACCGACUUUUUACCUGCCGAACGAGAACGAGGAAUUACCAUCCAGUCAGCCAGUAUCCCCGUCAAAUGGAAGAAAUGGACGUUCAAUCUCAUCGACACUCCCGGACAUGCUGACUUUGGGUUGUCGACUGGCGCGGUAGUCCUCAUGGACUCUGUAGAAGGUGUCGAGUCUCAAACAAAACGGGUUUGGCGCCAACUGGACAGAUAUAAAGUCGCGACAAGAUUGGUUUUUCUGAACAAACUUGACAGACCAGGCGCUUCAUUCAGUGCUUCUCUGUCUUCGAUACUUACACACCGGCUGCAUCCUCUACCAGUUGCCUUGACGUUACCGAUAGCCUCCUUCGAGCCUGCUGAUUACGCGCGUGCAGAGCCCGGCAUACAGGGAUUAGUCGACUUGGUCAAGUGGGAGAUAUGGAAAUGGGACGAGAACGGGCAAGUAACGCGCCAUCCACUUCCCCGCUCUAUGGAAGAGUUUCAGGCAUUUGACAUUCUUCCGCCUUCUCAUCCGCUUCUUUCUGAGCUCGUUCCUGCCCGUAUGGCUCUCCUUGAUAACCUCUCGAAUUUUUCUGAACCGCUAAUGGAGAAGCUUAUUGGCCUGCCUUCUGACCCCAUGGCAUACGCUGGCAUAGAGAGUGACGAAAUCAUGCCCCAUCUACGACAGACAUCUAUCAGUAACGAGAUUUUGCCCGUGUUAUGCGGCUCCGCUGUCAAGAACAUAGGGACGGAUUUGGUGAUGGACUACAUCGGAGAGCUGUUUGCAAGUCCCUUGGAUGUCCUUCGUGGCGCGCCGCCUCCAGUAAAUGCACCUGUGCGCGUACUUGCUUGGAAAGUCGGAUGGGAUAAGAAGAAGGGGUGGCUCACUUUCGUCAGGGUUUAUUCAGGCACUCUGAAACGACAAAGUGUUCUUCUCAACACUAAUCGAAAUGAACGUGAGCGUGUUGGAAAACUGCAGCUGUUGUAUGCCUCAGAGGUCCAGGACGUUGAAGAACUUCCAUUUGGUUCAGUGGGCGUCAUUGUUGGUCUCAGGUUCACACGUACCGGCGAUACUCUUAUAUCUACUGGAGCAAAGGUAUCCCAUGACUCAGACACACUUCCAACUAUCGUAGUGCCUCAGUCACAUUCCGAUCUGGACCCUAUUACACAAGAGGGACAGAUGCUUGUGCACGGCUUGGGAGCUCUGCACCUUGAAAUCGUUGAAGGCCGUCUUCGAGAUGAAUGGGGUGCGCGAUUCGAGUUCGGUCAGCGCCGGGUCAGCUAUCGUGAGGCACUUGGACCCAAUUUUUCAGUAGUCCAGCCAGAGGAUGAGGUUGCCAAUGUUGCGGGUACCGAUGUUAGAAUAUCUUUCGAUAUACGUCCCUUGGAAGAAGGGGAGGCCGGGGAUUCGCUCUGGGAUGGGAACGUUGUGGUCAAUCAAAAAGGAAUGCCGAUUGCAUAUCCUCAGACCGGAAUGAAAGAAACAGAGGAAUCGUGCAUUGCUGCAGGGAUAGACAGUUCCCUGUCCAACUCGCCACACUCGUCACUACCCAUGUCCCAUGUCCGUAUCCAGGUCAAAAGCUACAUCAAGCCCCCCUCGAUCACUUUACUCAGUGGUGCCAGUUCCAAGAUCCUCCGGAAUCGUCUCCGUAGUGCGGGUAUGGGGCCUAUCAUGGAGCCAUUUACACGGUUCAAAAUUACAGUGAGUGAGGACACGCUCGGCAAGGUGGCAAAAGAUCUCACGGAACAUGGCGCUGAGCUUCUCGAUAUGAGUUCCGGAAUGACUGAAGAGGAAGAGGGUCGAGCAUAUUCAACCGAUGGCGUUUACAUACCACCCGCUUUUCUCUCACCCUCUGCAUCCAAUGUAACAGCGCUCAAGGGCAACUCGUCAUCAUUGAAGCGGUCUAUUCACGCUCUUGCACCCCUCAGCCGAAUGCUAGAUUACAAUAAUCGCCUUCGUGCACUGUCGGGAGGAUAUGGCCAAUUCGAGAUGACCAGCGCAGGAUUCCGAGAGGUGUCACCUUCGCGUCAGCUGGAAAUAUUGCGUGAAAUUGGCAGAGCAUGACGGUUGACGACACCAAAGUAUCUUGGACUUGUGUAAUACACAAUAGCUCAGCGUCGCGAGGAUGUAACACCAGGAGAUAGAUAGAUAGUUGUGCAAAAAAUUUCUAUAAUGAUACAAUUCUGUAGCAAUACAAUAGGAAUAAAGAUAAAUCA